AUGCUCAGCCGAGUCAGCCAGGCACCAGAGCACAAAGUCUGUAUGCCGCUGCUCUGAGGCACCUUGAACGGUCUGCUUCAGAGGUAGCAGGAAAUGGCGAAGACCCUUAACCAUCCCCGAGUCUACUCCUUCCUGCACAUACCCGUCCAGUCCGCCUCCGACAGCGUGCUCAUGGCCAUGAAAAGAGAAUACUGCGUGGCUGACUUCCGAAGAGUCGUGGAUUUCCUGAAGGAGAAAGUUCCUGGAAUAACUAUUGCUACAGAUAUCAUCUGUGGUUUUCCUGGAGAAACAGAUGAGGAUUUUCAAGAAACGGUGAAGCUGGUUGAAGAGUACAAAUUUCCAAGCCUCUUUAUUAACCAGUUUUACCCAAGACCCGGAACUCCUGCUGCAAAACUGGAGCAGGUGCCAGCACAAGUGAAGAAACAGAGGACCAAAGACCUUUCUCGGGUGUUUCACUCCUACAGUCCGUACGAUCACAAGAUUGGUGAACGACAGCAAGUGUUAGUAACAGAAGAAUCUUUUGAUUCCAAGUUCUAUGUUGCACACAAUCGCUUCUAUGAGCAGGUUUUAGUGCCAAAGAACCCUCCAUUCAUGGGAAAGAUGGUUGAAGUGGAUAUUUAUGAAUCAGGAAAGCAUUUUAUGAAAGGACAGCCAGUAUCGGAUGCCAAAGUGUUCACGCCAUCCAUCAGCAAACCGCUAGCAAAAGGAGAGGUCUCGGGCUUAGCACAGGAAUUCAGAAGUCGGCUCGGGGCUGCGAGCUCGAUGCCCCCCACCUCUGCAGCGAGUCCCAGAGCCGCUCUGCAGGGGCUCCAUCAGGACCCUGCGCUGAGGGUGGCCGUGGGCCUGGCGCUGCUGGCUCUGCUUCUGGCGUUUUUUGCCAAGGUCUACACUUAGGACACAGCUAACUGGAGCGUCUGUGAAGAAGAAAUUAAGAUGCUCAGCGGACAGGAGAGCCACCCCGCCGGGUCUCAAGGGCAGCCGGUGGUCCGGGCCGGACUGCCUCCUCUGCAGCCUCUUUCUGACGAGGCUCACCCCAUCUCGCACCAAGUUGGGCCCUUUGGCUGUUUGACCCCAAACCAAAUCACAGCUGGUGUAGCACAUCUUUCAAAUUAAAAAAAAAAAAAGCCAAAAGGUUGGGUUUGUUUUUUGGUAAGACACGCAAGCGAUUGGAAACAAAUGCGACCUUCAAGUCUGACCCCAACUCUAGGGCAACUCUAGUUUUCCUCAUGUGGAAGGAUUUGGGAUCCCUAACAAACAUUUUUAAGUGUAUCUUCCUCUUUGUGCUUUUUCACAGUAUACCCGAGAAGUUUAUAUAGAAACCCAUUU